AUGAAUUCCUAUUCUCAAGAACAAGAAUCAUUUCUCCAUAAUCCAUCUAUUGAUGGCCUUUACUGUGAGGAAAAAUGUUUGAAUGAAGAUUUGAGAGGUGGGUUUGGGUUCCAGGAGUCGGGAAUUGGAGAUUCCGAUGAAAUUUGUAAAAAGCCUUUAGCUUUCUUAUUUGAGCAUGACCUUUUCUGGGAGGAUGACGAGCUUAUAAGUCUCUUUUCUAAGGAAAAAACACAGGCCCAUUUGAGUUAUGAUGAAAUAAAAUCUGACAGGUCGCUGAAAAUAAUGAGAAAAGAAGCCAUUAUGUGGAUGGUGAAGGUGAUUGCCCACUAUGGAUUCACGGCGAAUACUGCUGUUUUAGCUGUGAAUUAUUAUGAUAAGUUUGUUACAAGUUCUUGUUUUCAGAAAGAUAAGCCAUGGAUGAGUCAAUUGGCUGCUGUAGCUUGUCUUUCUAUAGCUGCAAAGGUGGAGGAAACUCAAGUGCCUCUUCUAAUAGACCUUCAAGUGGAAGAAUCGAAAUAUGUGUUUGAGUCGAAGACUAUUCAGAGAAUGGAGCUUCUGGUGUUUUCUACUCUCCAGUGGAAUAUGAAUCCUGUGACCCCAAUCUCAUUCUGUGAUCACAUUGCAAGGAGAUUUGAAUUGAUGACUAACCUACACUGGGAGUUUUUGAUGAGGUGCGAGAGCCUGAUUCUCUCUAUCAUAACGGAUCACAGGCUUGUGCAUUAUCUUCCAUCUGUUAUAUCUGGUGCAACAAUGAUGUAUGUUAUUCGUGAAAUAGAACCUUGUAAUGCAAUGGAAUACCAAAAUCAGCUUAUGGGUGUGCUAAGAAUCAGCAAGGAAAGAAUUGAUGAUUGCAAUAAACUAAUCCUGGAGGUAAUGGAUGAUCAUUGCCACAGACCUUGCCAAAAACGCAAACACAAGCCUAUACUAAGCAGUCCAAAAGGUGUCGUUGAUGCAUAUUUCUGUUCUGAUAGCUCUAAUGAUUCGUGGGCAGUUGGAUCAUCGAUUUCAUCGUCACCAGAAUCUAUAUUCAAGAGAAGCAGAUUGUGUCUAUAG